AUGGCCGCCAACGAAACACCAGCAUACAUCCUCUCCCUCCUCACCUCAGUCGGUGGUGUGACGGGCUAUGUCCGUACAGGUUCUGUACCGAGCAUAGCUGCUGGCUUGACGGUGGGCGCACUGUACGGCCUGGGAGGCUACCGCAUCUCGAAACGUCAACCCUACGGUGUCGAACUCGCCCUCCUUGCUUCAAUCCUGCUCGCCGGCAGCAGUAUCCCUCGCGCGAUUAAGACUGGCAAGCCACUUCCCGCUGGUCUGAGUGUGCUGGCUGCGACGGGCCUGUUCAUCUAUGGAAGAGCGUUCAUCUGA